AUGUCUGACUCCAUGCGCAAGGGACUCGGCGAGCAGGCUCAGGAGAAGAUCACUCCCGACUCCCAGAAGUCCACCGGCCAGAAGGCCAGCGAGGGUGCCUCCGGUCUCGGUGACAAGGUCGCCUCCGCCGUCCAGCCUGAGGGCCAGAAGUCCACCACCCAGAAGCUCGGCGACAGCACCCGCUCCGGCGGUGACAGCGCGCAGAAGGAGGGUGGAAGCCUUCUCGGCUCCGCACAGGAGGGUCUCUCCAACGCCGGCCAGACCAUCUCCGACACCUUCAACAGCGCCACCGGCAACAAUAAAUAG